AUGGCAGAAGUGAAACCAGAAGAGGUCUGUCCUGAUAACAAGCAAUCAACAGCUGCUUCGAGCUCUUCUGUUUCCGAGAAUAGUGGCAGCGUUGCACUUAAGUCACCUGGUAUAAGUAGUCCCACAAAUGUAUCUCCAUCUCAUAGGAGAACUACUGGCCCAAUUAGAAGAGCAAAGGGAGGUUGGACUCCAGAGGAGGAUGAUACCUUAAAAAGGGCUGUUGCAGCUUACAGAGGGAAAUCUUGGAAGAAAAUAGCCGAAUUCUUUCCAGAUAGGUCAGAAGUACAGUGCUUGCAUAGAUGGCAAAAGGUUCUCAAUCCAGAACUUGUUAAAGGUCCAUGGACUCCAGAGGAGGAUGAGAAAAUUGUGGAACUGGUAGCUAAAUAUGGACCAACAAAAUGGUCUAUUAUAGCGAAGUCAUUACCAGGUCGAAUUGGGAAACAAUGCCGUGAGAGGUGGCACAAUCAUUUGAAUCCAAAUAUUAAGAAGGAUGCUUGGACUUUGGAAGAAGAACUUACUCUACUAGGUGCUCAUAGGACUCAUGGGAAUAAAUGGGCUGAAUUAGCAAAGCUACUACCUGGAAGGACUGACAAUGCAAUCAAGAAUCACUGGAAUAGUUCUUUGAAGAAGAAGUUAGAUUUCUAUUUGGCUACUGGGAACCUUCCACCUGUUGCUAAGAAUGUUCCCCAAAAUGGCAGCAGAGUUGUGAAUAGAAUGGUUUCAAUUGAAGAGGAUAUUGUUUGUGCAAAUAAAGGACCAGAUUCAACCACCUUAGUUUCAUCAGGAGCUGUAGAUACACGUAAAAUUGAAGAUGGGAAGGAUAAUCUGGAAACUGCUAAUGAAGUUCAUAAUAUAGCUGGAUCAGCUAGUGACCCCCGGAAUGAGUCUGCUGAUCUUGAAGGUGCUACAUUUGAGUCAAUGCCAUCAGAAGUAAAUCCCAUCCAUUCAAGUAUAGAAUGCGAUUUUGAGAGAUGUGGAACACAUCGUGUAGCUGAUCAAUACAGAAUAACUGAAACCUCAUUGCAUGAUAAUAUUCCCUUAUACGGGACACUAUAUUAUGAGCCACCACAAAUGGAUUCUAAUCUUCCAAAUAUUUCUCGAAUGCACUCUGAAUCAGACAUUAGUCCAAUAAUGUCUCCCGUGACUUUCUUCACUCCACCUAGCAUGAAAGGAGGUUAUUUGUUUGCACAAACUCCGGAAUCUUUAUUGAAAAUUGCUGCCAAAAGCUUUCCUAAUACUCCAUCCAUAUUGCGAAGAAGAAAGUCUGGAAGUCAGUUAUCUGCGCCUACAAGUAAAAAUUGCCGGGUAGAUAGUGAAGCAGUCGAGGAAACAUGUCAAUCUACCAGUGAGUAUAAUCAAAUGAAGAGUCCAGAGAAUAUGGAGUCACAAGAGAAGAGUUUGCAUAGAGAUCUUUCGGGUGAAGUUUACAUUGGAUUAUGUAAUGGCAAGUCCCAUAAUUUAUCUCCUCCAUAUCGGUUAAGAUCCAAAAGGACUUCUGUUCUUAAGUCUAGGAAUCCCUCCUGUAACAAAGUUCGUCUAUACACGUCAAAAAGGGUUAUGAAUGAGAAUGGAAAUCCAACAAGGGUUGGAAAUUGCUAA